AAUUUUGGCGCCAUUUUUCCUAUACACUGAGCCCCCAUUUCUCCAUUGGAGCUUCUCACACAUUCCUCCAUCAAACCCUAGCUCGCAGCUCCACGCAAAUCCAAAUCCCGUUCCAAUGGCUUCAACUCCCAAGAAGCUUCUUCAAUCUCCCUCCUCAAAAUCCAACAUCCGUUCACAAUUCUCACCUCUCACUCCUCAUUCCUUACCUACACGCAGAUCCACGCGCUUGAACUCCGAUUCUCCCAUAACCCCCAAUGUCAUCGCCGAAUCUCAAAUUCAACAAUCAACUCCGAGAAGAGGGAGAAGAAUCGGGGAGAAUUCUGUUCCGGCCGCGAAAUCUCGUCUUGAUUUCACUCGAAAAGAAAAAGCUGUAACUCAUAACAGUUCAAUUAAAGUAGAAAAUGAAAUUGAUUCUGCUCAAUUUCUGAGGAAGAGAAGUAGAAAAGCUGAAUCUGAUGAAAUUGUAUUUGCUCCAAAAUCUCCAGAUUCAUCGAAAUCUGUGAAGAAGAGGAAGAAGGAAGGUGAAAAAACGGUUGAAUUGAAGAAGAGAAAUGGGAAGGGAGAUUCCGUUAAGGUUUCGUUCGCUCCGACAUCGCCGGAUCAAUCGGAAACUAAGAAGAGAAAGAGGAAGAACGAGGUUAAGGUUGAGAAAAUGGUUGUUACAAGGGCUGGGAGAAAAGGUGGAAAGAUUGCGAAGGUGCAGUAUUACAAGAAAGUUGUUUAUGACGGCGGUGAAUUUGAAGUUGGGGAUGAUGUUUAUGUGAAGAGGAGAGAAGAUGCUACUUCUGAUGAGGAAGAUCCUGAAGUGGAGGAAUGUAGGUUUUGUUUUCGUUCUGGGGAUGAAAUCAUGAUUGAGUGUGAUAGUUGUUUAGGUGGGUUUCAUUUGAAAUGUUUGACGCCGCCGUUGAAAGAUGUUCCUGAAGGGGAUUGGAUCUGUGGGAUCUGUGAGGGUCGUAAGAUGGGUAAAGAUGUUGAUUUUCCCAAGCCGCCAAAGGGCAAGAAGCUUGUUAGAACAAUGCGUCAGAGGCUUCAAUCAAGUGAUUUGUGGGCUGCUCGCAUUGAGAGUAUAUGGAAAGAAGUGGAUGGCAGCUACUGGUGUCGGGUACGGUGGUAUAUGAUCCCAGAAGAGACUUCUGUUGGGCGACAACCACAUAAUUUGAGCAGGGAGCUAUAUCGGACCAACGAUUUGGCCAAAAUCGAGAUGGAAUCUGUCCUUCGACAUUGCUAUGUCAUGAUCCCUAAGGAGUAUGCCAAAGCUAGCAAUGAGGGAGAUGAUGUUUUCUUGUGUGAAUAUGAAUAUGACAUCCAGUGGCACAGUUUCAAACGCUUGGCUGACAUUGAUGAUGAAAGAGAGAAUUCUGAUGAGAGUGACGGUGACGAAGACUGGAACAUGGACAAGGAAUCAGACUCUGACACAGAUGAAGAUGUUGAAUAUGAUGAGGAAAAUAUUAAAAUUUCACAAUCGCAACCACCGACAAGCCAUCAGUUAGCUGCAAAUCUGCACAAGGGACGGUUCUUUGGACUUCAGAAGAUAGGCACAAAAAGAAUUCCAGAGCAUAUAAGGUCUCACAAACAGACUAAUCUUGAAAGAGCAAAGGCAUCACUGCUGCUAGCUUCGCUGCCUAAGUCUUUACCUUGUAGAAAUAAAGAAAUGGAUGAGAUAACUACAUUCAUCAAAGGUGCUAUUUCUGACAAUCAAUGUCUGGGGCGUUGCCUCUAUAUUCACGGUGUUCCGGGCACUGGCAAGACAAUGAGUGUACUCUCAGUGAUGAGGAGUUUGAAGUCAGAAGUUGAUGCAGGAAACAUCAAACCAUACUGUUUCGUGGAGAUCAAUGGUCUGAAAUUGGCUUCACCGGAGAAUAUUUACAAGGUCAUAUAUGAAGCAUUAAAUGGUCACAGGGUUGGAUGGAAAGAGGCUCUCCGUUUGCUAAAUGAGAGGUUUGUAGAAGGGAAGAAAACUGGUGAAGAGGCUGACCGACCAUGUAUUUUGCUCAUUGAUGAACUUGAUCUUCUUGUAACCAGAAACCAGUCGGUUCUGUACAAUAUUCUUGACUGGCCAACCAAGCCACAUUCCAAGCUAAUUGUGAUAGGGAUAGCAAAUACAAUGGAUCUUCCAGAGAAGUUACUUCCUCGUAUAUCAAGCCGAAUGGGCAUCCAGAGGCUUUGCUUUGCCCCAUAUAAUUAUCAGCAGCUUCAAGAAAUCAUUUCGAGUCGCCUCAAUGGAAUUGAUAUAUUUGAAAAACAAGCUAUGGAAUUUGCUUCAAGAAAGGUUGCAGCUAUAUCAGGAGAUGCACGCCGUGCUUUGGAAAUAUGCAGACGUGCAGCUGAAAUUGCAGAUUAUCAAAUGAAGAAGCUAGCUUCAGAUCCUGAUAAUGUUACUGCAGGAAAAGGACUUGUUUGCAUGGCAGACGUUGAAUCAGCUAUUCAAGAAAUGUUCCAAGCACCUCAUAUUCAAGUGAUGAAAAACUGUUCCAGACUUGGCAAAAUUUUCCUGACAGCUAUGGUGCACGAGCUUUACAAAACAGGAAUGGGGGAAACCACUUUUGAAAAGUUGGCAAUGACGGUUUCAUGUCUCUGUGGCAGCAAUGGUGAAGUGUUUCCUGGACAUGAUAUCCUCCUGCAAGUUGGCUGUAAGUUGGGUGAGUGUAGGAUCAUUUUGUGUGAAGCAGGUGCCAAGCACAGGUUGCAAAAGUUGCAGCUCAAUUUCCCGAGCGAUGAUGUAGCCUUUUCGCUGAGAGACUGCAAAGAUUUACCUUGGCUGUCCAAAUAUCUUAUGUAAGAAUGGAAAUUUGAUUAUGCUCUUAAAGAACAUUUUUUCCUAAUAACUUAUGUUAAUUUUUUUAUUAUUUA